AUGAACCACCUUCCCAAACGAUUCCAGCAAUACUUUAGAUAUGCAGUCGGCUUCAAGUGCAAAAUCAUACCGCCUCCAAAGACACCAUCUGAGUUACAGUUCAUUAGUGAGAGUUUUCAGAAGUUGGCUACAGUUGAUAUAUUGAAAUCUACCUUAUUAAAUCUGGAUGAAUUAAUAAGAGAUGGCUUUCACUUGAACAUACUAUUUAAUCCCGUUCAUAAGAGAAGCUUGUUUCUACCUGUGUCGAUGGUGGACGAAACCGAGCAGAUUUCUGAUUCACACCCCUGGAAUAUUAUGACACGAGAUAAACUUGUCAAAAGGCUAGAGAAUCUAAUAGCAAUCCCAAGAUACUUGUAUGUGGAAAAUGAUGACAAAUUCUUGAACAACGAACGACUGAUUGAAUUUACACAUGAACUCUCAGAUAGGGGUCGGGACCUCGUUGGCAAAUACGAUUUGUCAUUAGCUUCAAUGGAAGACCCAUUUAUAUCAAUUACUAGAUGCGAUCCAACGAUGAAUGAAAAACUGGGUAAGUAUAGGCUUCGGUCUGCUGUUCGAAGUAAUAUACAGCAUUUUCAUAAAAUUCAGGAUAUAGAGAUUCAUACAAACCAUCGAUAUCUUAUUCGUAAACUCGAAGAUAAUACAUUUUGA